AUGACGGAGUACAAGCUGGUAGUGGUGGGUGAUGGAGGUGUCGGUAAAUCGGCCCUCACAAUCCAACUAAUUCAAAAUCAUUUCGUCGAAGAAUAUGACCCCACCAUUGAAGACAGUUAUCGGAAGCAGGUUGUGAUCGACGGCGAAACAUGUUUGUUGGAUAUUUUGGACACUGCAGGACAAGAAGAGUAUUCAGCUAUGCGCGAUCAAUACAUGCGCACAGGCGAGGGAUUUCUUCUCGUUUUUGCUGUCAAUGAAUCCAAAUCCUUUGAAAACGUCGCCAAUUAUCGCGAGCAAAUAAGACGGGUAAAGGAUAGUGACGAUGUCCCUAUGGUGCUAGUGGGGAAUAAAUGUGAUCUUGCUCAACGUGCUGUUGAUGGGCGGACCGUAUCCGACGCAGCUAGGGCUUACGGAAUACCGAUGGUUGAUACAUCUGCGAAAACAAGAAUGGGUGUCGACGAUGCCUUUUACACUCUAGUACGCGAAAUUAGAAGGGUUCGCUCUUUUCGUUCUUCAUUUUGUUAUUUCGAUGGUACUCCACAUCGAGAGCGGAACCGCGAUGCACCGAGAAAGAAGAAAAAGUGCUCAAUUCUGUGA